AUGGCCACAGAUCUCGAUGCCGCUGAGCAGGCACCUCAGCAGCUCGUGGAGAAUGCCCUGCAACAAUCCGUCGUCCCAGCCGAACGCCCGCUAUCGCUCUUCGAGUGCGUAAUUACUACUAAUGCGCCUAUCUUGGAAUCACUACUUCUCCAGAUUCCGACCGACACUAUUAUCAAGCUAUACCAUACCUCCCAUUACCUCCGAACGUUCCUCCGCUCAUAUCCGACCGCAUGGAAGACCCUCUCGUUCCGCCUGCUCUUCCCAUCGGGCACGCUACCAACCGCCCGAAUCAUCAUUCCGGGCACGUCCGACCUAGAAACACAUCGCCAGUCAAGGCCGUAUGCCCUGGAUCAACUGUUGAUGAACAUGGUGAUCCCGUUCAGUGGGUGCCUUAAGAGCCUGGAGCUCGAUAACACCGCUGUCUCGGGUCAAAUUCUCAUUUCAACCGUGUUGCAUGCGCGCCGGGAGACGUUGGUGCACCUGUCUGUCCGCGGUUGUAAAAACGUCUCUCUCAAGUACCACAUCAUCCCGUAUCUGACUAUGUUCGGGCUGCAAUAUGAUGUGGAUAUGGAGAGGAAUAUAGGAAGCUCGCCUGCGACAAAAAGACUCGCGCUGAAGAGUCUAUAUGCUUAUCGGUGCCGACAUCACCGUCGACGGCCGUAUCUUUCUGCUUCACUUUUGCGCAAAGACUCUGAUUCUGAACCUACGCAUGAGCUGGUUAAUCUUUGCCACAAACUAGGUAUCUGGACUGAUACUGCGUGGUGCACUACACCUGCCGGUAGAUGCUACCGAAGGCGCGGGUAUGUCUCCAUGAGAGUUCCCCAGGGUUCGCCUGAAGUUUGGGUUGUAUUUGAUCGACUCUGGAGAUGCAAGAACUGGAUCGGCGCAGUCGAUGAAAAGGCAGAACGGUCAAUCGUGCGCGAUGGGAAGCUCUGGGAGAACUGCGACACGGGAAGCUAUGGAGAAGCUAUUGGCACUGGGGAGGGACCUGACCUGGGCGAGGGCAAGAUGACCCCUGCGCAUCUCCGCCGGAGCCACACACACUUCAUACAGAAUGUGAAAUGCGACAGCUGCUUUGAUGAGAUAUCAGAGCGGUGCGAGCAGUGUAGCAUCCUGAUGCACUGUGUGGGAUGUCGACGAACCCUCUGCGCUAGCUGUGCCUAUGAGCGACCAUAUCUUCACCGUGGUAGUUCUGCUGUAUCGACAAGCACCGAAACGCCGCCCGUGCAUGACCCUUUGUGGUGGGCACCGGGGGCAACUCUUUCACCCAGUUCUAUGCAAGAUCCAAUUUCAAGUCCUAUAGACAACGCCCCAUUCCAAGGAGCAGCACCCACGUCACAUCCGGCCCUUAAUUUCCACUGGUGCUGCACGGAGCCGAUCUUCUCCGGUGGUGGUGGUAUCAGCAUCGGCACCCCCAGUCGGGAUGUUGAUCAAGUACGCGCCGUACCUUUGCCUCGAGGCCAAGGAUGGGAGGACCUCGAGUACACCGUCAGCGAGUGGAGCAAGACAUUCCCGAAGUACGCCUAUGGCGAUCCUAGCCAGCCAGACUACUCCCUAGAGACCGGACAUCUCGCGAUGAUGAAGUGGUUACUAGGACCGCCCAAUCGGCAGGUCUCACCCUGUCCACGCAACCUUUGCCAGGAGUGCUACGACUCGCCACAGUGGAAGGUUCACUGCAAGAGUUGUUCUAAACCUCUCUGCAUCGAACACGACCUCCGUGGUCUCCGCUUGCGCAUUUGUGGCUAUCGUGACCUUGCUUUCGAGAAGAUGACCAUCCAAACCCGAGCGGUCAACGCUUCAUCAUCUGAUGCCGCUAUCACUCAACUUCCCGGCUAUGACCUCCCAUUCCGAACCCAGCGCCAGGAUUCAGCCAACAGCAGCUUCAUCGACGAUCCACCGGGUGAUACUGUUGCAGACGACAAUCUCUUCGAGCCACUGAACGGUGACCAGUCAACCCAGUCAUUAUUCCUUCGCAACACCACUCGGUCCUUCUCUGCCCCACCCUCCAAUCACUCGGGCUCGUCAUCGCCAUCAUCCGCCUCGUUUGAAUCAACUUUUGAAGUGCAACGUUGGCAGGGAUGCCAAUCCUUCUAUUGCCCUCAGUAUCGUGCCGUCGGUGAUCAGCGGCAACGGUGUCCGAGCCAUCUCCGGGAAUGCAAGGCCUGUGCUAUCUAUGUCUGCUCCGAAUGUGUGGCGGCCAAUCCGCCCUGCAAGUGCUCGUACUGUGAGGAGAACUAUCUGUGCCCCAACUGCAUGAAAGCCCGUGCCCGUGACGGGACUUGCCGCCGUCGCGAGGAAGAAAAGGCACGGAGGGAGCGGAAGUGGAAGAAGGACAUGCAGGUGCUAGAAGGCAUCCUCGAGCUCAAAGUAGCCAAUGAAAUGGCCGAGUUCGCAGGCCAGUUCUUUGAGUUUGUCGAGCACGGUUCCUCUCCGACUCCCGCUCCGCUGGUCAGCACCAGCGCACUCAUUGACCUCAUUAAUAUCCACGAGGACAACGACGCGGGCGUACCCGAUAGCUCACGGCCGAACAACCUGACUAAUUUCCAGUCUCCUUUAUUUCUCGGAGCUCACCAUGUCGGUCCAAUCUACGAGUCGGAGUAG